UGUGGUCCAGCGCCGUUGGCCGCGGCGCAGUCGGCAAUCGGUCGGCCGACUGGCGGGCGCUUCGCGGUUUGAAUGGCUGGGGGCCCAGGCCCUCGGCUCACCUGAGGCCCCGCCGCCCAGGUGUGCGCUAUGCCGUCGGGAGGCAACCAAUCGCCGCCGCCGCCCCCCCCUCCCCUUCCGGCGGCGGCGGCCUCAGAUGAGGAGGAGGAGGAGGAUGCCGAGGCGGAGGACGCAGCGCAGUCGGCCCGGUCGCCGGCCCCUCAGACCCAACAGCGGUUCGACGAGCUGUGCAGCCGCCUGAACAUGGACGAGGCGGCUCGGGCCGAGGCCUGGGACAGCUACAGGAGCAUAAGCGAGAGCUACACGCUGGAGGGAAAUGAUCUUCAUUGGUUAGCAUGUGCCUUAUAUGUGGCUUGCAGAAAAUCUGUGCCAACUGUAAGCAAAGGGACAGUUGAAGGAAACUAUGUAUCUUUAACUAGAAUCCUGAGAUGUUCAGAGCAGAGCUUAAUUGAAUUUUUUCACAAGAUGAAGAAAUGGGAAGACAUGGCAAACCUACCCGCACAGUUCAGAGAACGGACUGAGAGAUUAGAAAGAAACUUCACUGUUUCUGCUGUAAUCUUUAAGAAAUAUGAACCCAUUUUUCAGGACAUUUUUAAAUAUCCUCAAGAGGAGCAGCCUCGUCAACAAAGAGGAAGAAAACAGCGGCGACAGCCCUGUACCGUGUCUGAAGUUUUCCAUUUUUGUUGGGUGCUUUUUAUAUAUGCAAAAGGUAAUUUCCCCAUGAUUAGUGAUGAUCUGGUUAAUUCUUAUCAUCUUCUGCUGUGUGCUUUGGACUUAGUUUAUGGAAAUGCCCUUCAAUGUUCCAAUCGUAAAGAACUUGUGAACCCUAAUUUUAAAGGUCUAUCUGAAGAUUUUCACGCUAAGGAUUCUAAACCUUCUUCCGACCCACCUUGUGUCAUUGAGAAACUCUGUUCCUUACAUGACGGCCUAGUUUUGGAAGCAAAGGGAAUAAAGGAACAUUUCUGGAAACCCUAUAUUAGGAAACUUUAUGAAAAAAAGCUCCUUAAGGGAAAAGAAGAAAAUCUUACUGGUUUUUUAGAACCUGGGAAUUUUGGAGAGAGUUUGACAUGUUCCAGAGAUCCAACCCAGGCUAUAGCCAACAGAUUGAAAGAAAUGUAUGAAAUAUAUUCUCAGCAUUCCCAGCCAGAUGAGGAUAUCAGUAAUUGUGCUAAAGAAAUUGCCAGCAAACAUUUUCGUUUUGCAGAGAUGCUUUACUAUAAAGUGUUAGAAUCUGUUAUUGAGCAGGAACAAAAAAGACUGGGAGACAUGGAUUUAUCUGGCAUUCUGGAACAAGAUGCAUUCCACAGAUCGCUCUUGGCCUGCUGCCUUGAGGUCGUCACUUUUUCUUAUAAGCCUCCUGGGAAUUUUCCAUGUAUUACUGAAAUAUUUGAUGUACCACUUUAUCAUUUUUACAAGGUGAUAGAAGUAUUCAUUAGAGCAGAAGAUGGCCUUUGUAGAGAGGUGGUAAAACACCUUAAUCAGAUUGAAGAACAGAUCUUGGAUCAUUUGGCAUGGAAACCAGAGUCUCCACUCUGGGACAGAAUUAGAGACAAUGAAAACAGAGUUCCUACGUGUGAAGAGGUCAUGCCACCUCAGAACCUGGAAAGAGCGGAUGAAAUUUGUAUUGCUGGCUCCCCUUUGACUCCCAGAAGGGUGAGUGAAGUUCGUGCUGAUGCUGGAGGACUUGGAAGAAGCAUAACGUCUCCAACCACAUUAUACGAUAGGUACAGCUCCCCAACAGCCAGCUCUACCAGAAGGCGGCUAUUUGUUGAGAAUGAUAGCCCCACUGAUGGAGGGACACCUGGCCGCAUCCCCCCACAGCCUCUAGUCAAUGCUGUCCCUGUGCAGAAUGUAUCUGGGGAAGCUGUUUCUGUCACACCAGUUCCUGGACAGACUUUGGUCACCAUGGCAACAGCCACUGUCACAGCCAACAAUGGACAAACAGUGACUAUUCCUGUACAAGGCAUUGCCAAUGAAAAUGGAGGAAUAACAUUCUUCCCAGUCCAAGUCAAUGUUGGGGGGCAGGCACAAGCUGUGACUGGCUCCAUCCAGCCCCUCAGUGCUCAGGCCCUGGCUGGAAGUUUAAGCUCUCAACAGGUGACAGGAACGACCUUGCAAGUCCCUGGUCAGGUGGCCAUUCAACAGAUUUCCCCAGGUGGACAACAGCAGAAACAAGGCCUACCUUUAACCAGCAGCAAUAUUAGACCCAGGAAGACCAGCUCUUUAUCGCUUUUCUUUAGAAAGGUUUAUCACUUAGCAGGUGUCCGUCUUCGGGACCUUUGUGCUAAAUUGGAUAUUUCAGAUGAACUGAGGAAAAAAAUCUGGACCUGCUUUGAAUUCUCCAUAAUUCAGUGUCCUGAACUUAUGAUGGACAGACAUCUGGACCAGUUGUUAAUGUGUGCCAUUUAUGUGAUGGCAAAGGUCACAAAAGAAGACAAGUCCUUCCAGAAUAUUAUGCGUUGCUAUAGGACUCAGCCACAGGCCCGGAGCCAGGUGUAUAGAAGUGUUCUGAUAAAAGGGAAAAGGAAAAGAAGAAAUUCUGGCAGCAGUGACAGCAGAAGUCAUCAGAAUUCUCCAACAGAACUAAACAAAGACAGAACCAGUAGAGACUCCAGUCCUGUCAUGAGGUCAAGCAGCACCUUGCCAGUUCCACAGCCUAGCAGUGCCCCUCCUACACCUACUCGUCUCACAGGUGCCAACAGUGAUGUGGAAGAGGAGGAGAGGGGAGACCUUAUUCAGUUCUACAACAACAUCUACAUAAAACAAAUUAAAACAUUUGCCAUGAAGUACUCACAGGCAAAUGCAAUGGAUGCUCCUCCACUCUCUCCCUAUCCGUUUGUAAGAACAGGCUCUCCUCGCCGAAUACAGUUGUCUCAAAAUCAUCCUGUGUACAUAUCCCCGCAUAAAAAUGAAGCAAUGCUUUCUCCUCGAGAAAAGAUUUUCUACUACUUCAGCAACAGUCCUUCAAAGAGACUGAGAGAAAUUAACAGUAUGAUACGGACAGGAGAAACGCCAACCAAAAAGAGAGGGAUUCUUCUGGAAGAUGGAAGUGAAUCACCUGCAAAAAGAAUUUGCCCAGAAAAUCAUUCUGCCUUAUUACGCCGUCUCCAAGAUGUAGCUAAUGACCGAGGUUCCCACUGAGGUUAGUCUGUUGUACUGAAACUGUCUUUUCACAAACUCUGUUUAGCAGCAUCAUGUAAUGCAUGCUGGAUUAUGGGGCUCUUUUCCUUAAUCCUUCCAGUAUCCUUAGGAUAUUUUUACUUAUCCCAACUGCCUUUUUCCCUACCUUUCAGUGCUUGCCAUCAAGGCUGCUUAGAAUCCAAACUUGGAUUUUUUUUAACUCUUUGGCAAAGCUACUACAAGAAUUGCAGAGAACAGAGCGCACUCAAACGUGUGUAUAAGAGGUCUCUGUUAGCGUGUUCCAGCAGAGGAACUGUAUUUCAGUUCAUUCCUACCUGGCCCUCAUGAAAAGCAAAAGUAGGUAUUUUUGUCCUAAAACACUUGGUAGGAGUGUAAGAUUUUUGCAUUCCUAAAAGGUGACAAGGUAGAGCGCCCAGAUUUGAAGGUCCUAGGUUAUGAGUCCAGUCUCCCAUUCCCUUUGUGUAAUUCUUCCCUCUCCCCAUUAGGUGUGGUGCAGUGUGACAAGUGCUUGACUGGUGUGCAGUGUGUGAGUGAACCUGUAUAAGAAGUGGCACUUUAGGGCUGUAUAAAGCAUGAUUUUGGAACCCAGAUUUUGCUGUAUAUUUGCAAUGGCACUUUCUACAAUAUGAACUUCAUUAAGUACAAAACUUCUAGGCUGAACUUAAUUCAGUAUCUUCUUUGAUGCUUUUGUACUUUUUAAAAAUUGUUAAAGCCCCAGUAGCUACCUUUUGGUUUUGGGCAUGUGUUUUAAAUUCUCCAUUUUUUGUUGAUAGGGAUCAGCUGGCUAGUAAAGAGUUUAAAUCAAGUUGAAUUAAGAGAUUAUGAAAAAUUAUGACCUCUUCCUUUAGGAGGUAGUUAUCCAAAAGACGUGUGUCUUUAUUAAGGUGAUAUAUUUUAAAUAUCUUUGGGUGUGUUCCUGGAAGUUUAAAAAAUAGAUUGGAGAAUUUAGGUUUUUAUUAGUACAUAGUACCAUUUAUACAAAUUAGAAAAUGUUAAUUUAACAGCUACUGAAUUAUCUAUAUAUACCUUUAUUAAUCACUAUUGUUCCAGCAGUUUUAAAGUUGAAUGAAUAAUCUUAUUAGGGAGAAAAUUCAAUUGUAAAUUGAAUCAGUAUAAACAAAGUUACUAGGUAACUUCAUAUUGCUCUGAAAGAAAUAUGGAACUUACUUACACUGUUCAAUUAGAAUAGUGUUCUGCAAAAAUAUUUAUAAAACCUCUCAAGAUACUUACUGCUACUGUAAUUUUAUAUGAAAAUAAGUAUUUUUCAAUAAAGCACUUAUAAAUUAA